AUAAUAUUAUUUCCUUUUGAAGUUAUGAAUGUCUUGCAGUGAUAUCUAUGAUAUACGAUUGCCAUCUACGAGUAACCAUUCCAAACUAAUUCCUUCCUUUUUAUUGUCAACUAAUGGCAACUGCGUAUUAAUUAAUAAUUCAUGCAUAUUAUUUCACAUUGUCACCACGUUCGAUUGCAAGUAUUUGCAAAUGUAUCUGAAACGCAUUAAGCGAUGGGGAAAGUUUGGCGGAUCAUUAAUUUCCCGAAACUGUCAAAUGUCACGAUGGACGCUGAUGGACGCACAUGUUUGCACAUGUUUGUAUCGAUUGUGAAUCUUGCUUUAGUUAAUAAUGAUCGUGCGUCGUUUACAGUAGGCUUUAUAUACAAUAGUAUAUUGUGAAAUGGUAGUUACUUUAUUGUUAUAAUUAUGGAGACUGACGAUCAAGAUGGUCAAGAACCCGAUGAUGAAAAACAAAGCGAAAUACACGUUUGCGAGAGUAUUGAAAAUUUUUCGGACAAGAUUUUGUCUGUGAGAAGCGAGGAAAGUAUUCUUCGCGAAGCAUCGAAAGAAAUUGAAAAUAUUACGAAAAUAAAUUUACAAGGAAAAAAGGAAUUUCAUAGUUUGAGCACCGACAAAAAUAACGAAGGUAACGUAAAUUGUCAGAAGCAAGUAGAAUUAGAGAAACAAGUUCUGACUGGAGAGAUUACACCAUUUCAAGCAAUUGCAAAACGGUCUACUUCGUCUAAAGUUGAAGGGAUAUCAGACAAGUCAUCUCAGUUACUUAUUCUCGAAAAAUAUCUUCAAAGGCAAGCUGAACUUGCCACACACAGGAAACAGUUAAAGAAAAGCUCGAAAGUAUCUUCUGAUAAAGAUCAAGUACUCCCAUCAAAACGAUCAAAACUAUCUGAUACCAGCCCUAAGGAAUGUAGUAUAGAAAAAUCAAAACUUAACAAUAAUAAAAAGAAAUUAAUACUAGAAUUUGAAGAAGACAAAGACUCGAAUAAACAAAAUGAUAUUAAUUUUGGGACAGAGAAUGCGCAAUCUAUGCAAGUCAAUGAACCUAGUAAAGGAAGCAGCAAAAACACAUUAAUUGCUUGUAGUACCUCAAAAAAUAUUACUGGACAGAUAGCAAACAAAGGUACAGAUAAUAUAGAGUUUAUAGAUACAGUAAAUGACUCUGGAAGCGACUAUGCUCCAAGUGAUGAACAAGUUAAUUCAGAGGAUGAAUUGGAGUCAUCAUCUAAAAAGAGAAAAUGUGGUACAAAAGUUGUUCGUACAAAACGAGUUUUGGAUGAUGGAGAUGAACAAAUAUACAGACAGAGGGUGGAAGAAAGUAAUCGUCCAAAGAAUGAACCGUUGCAUAAAAUAGAUAAUCUAUUUAAAACUCCACUAUCCAUAUGGAAGAAGUUGUACAGAUAUCAAAGAGUAUCUGUGCAGUGGCUUUGGGAAUUGCACUGUCGUGGUUUGGGAGGCUUAUUGGGAGAUGAAAUGGGAUUAGGGAAGACUGUUCAAGUUAUCGCAUUUCUUGCGGGUUUGGAUUGUAGCGAAUUACUUUCCGACGGUGGAAGGUUUCGUGGAUUGGGACCAACUCUAAUAGUUUGCCCAGCUACAUUAAUGGAACAAUGGCUGAAGCAUUUUCAUGAUUGGUGGCCGGUUCUAAGAGUAGUUAUUUUACACCAAUCUGGAACUUACAAUGGCGAUUUAAAAUACUUACUGGACUCCUUAAUGUACGGUGGUAUAUUGAUCACUUCUUACUCUGGUGUUCUUAACCAUAAAGAUUUAUUAAUCGCCAGUCAAUGGCAUUACGUUAUCCUUGACGAAGGUCACAAGAUAAGGAAUCCACAAGCAAAGAUUAGUAAGGCGGUAAAGCAAUUCUCGACACCACAUCGACUGUUAUUAACUGGUAGUCCAAUGCAGAACUCGUUGAAGGAAUUGUGGUCUUUGUUCGAUUUCAUUUUGCCAGGCAAAUUAGGCACUUUACCUGCAUUUCUAGAACAUUGCGCGAUACCUAUAACCCGCGGAGGAUACACGAAUGCUAGUCCUCUGCAGGAAGCUACCGCGCUUCAGGUUGCUACAAUGCUUAGAGAUGCUAUUACACCGUACAUGCUUAGAAGGACGAAAGCCGAUGUUCAACAUCAUGUUAGUUUACCAGAAAAAAAUGAACAGGUAUUAUUCUGCAGUUUGACAGAGGAACAAAAACAAAUAUAUAAAAAUUAUUUACGUUCCGAUGAUGUUUCCUUUGUUUUACAUGAAAAAUGUCCUAUGGAAAAUAGAAAAUAUAAAGCUCGUCUUUUAAUAGCAUUGUCGGCGCUCAGGAAAAUAUGUAACCAUCCCGAUUUAUUUCUGUACACGACUCUCGUUGAUUCCGAUGAGGAAAUCGACGCAUCGGACGAAACGUUGGAAAAGUUUGGCUAUUGGAAACGUUCCGGAAAAAUGGUAGUAGUUCGUUCUCUUUUAAAAAUUUGGAAGAAACAAGGACAUAGAGUACUACUUUUUACGCAAGGAAGACAAAUGAUGCACGUUUUAGAAUCAUUGGUACAAAACGAGGAAUAUAAGUAUUUGAGACUGGAUGGGACUACUCCUAUGACACAGCGACAAGAAACAAUCAGUUUGUUUAAUAGUGAUCCUUCAUAUUUUGUAUUCUUGCUAACUACUCGCGUUGGUGGAUUAGGAGUAAAUUUAACUGGAGCAAAUCGCGUAAUCAUUUAUGAUCCAGACUGGAAUCCAGCGACCGACGCUCAAGCAAGAGAACGUGCAUGGAGAAUCGGCCAAAACAAAAGUGUCACUAUCUAUAGACUCAUUACUGCUGGUACUAUAGAAGAAAAGAUAUAUCACAGGCAAAUAUUUAAAUUACUUCUUUCAAACAAAGUUUUAGAAGAUCCACGUCAACGUAGAUUAUUCAAAACUUCUGAUCUAGCUGAACUUUUCAAUUUUAACGAGUCUAUCGAUGGAACUUCUAGUGAAUCUGAUCAGUUAUUUCGAGAAUCUAGGUUAUCCCCGACGACUUCCAAAUUUUCGUCGACUAAAAUCGAAAAAAUGCGAAAAUUAGCUGCUACGCUUAGUAAAAAUAUAAGUCGGAAUGUUUUAAAUUCCACGCCAACAAUGCCAAGUACCACCGUUCUAGAGAACACUUCUGUUUUGAGUCUUAAUAAUAACGGUAAUACUGAAAAUAAUUUGAAAUAUAAUAAUCAAGUAUCCGUAGACAACUUGACAGAAGAGAAAACUGAAAUUGAAAGUCACCUUCGCAACAAAAGCAAAGAUACUGGAGAAGGUAACACAGAAGAAAAUAAAAGUUCUGAAAAAAUCCAGAAUAAUUUGCCAAAUAUACAUGAUAUAGUUGACAAUAACAAUGUGAUAGAAAAUGAGAAUCUCACACGUAAACAUAAGCGAAAGAAAAAGCAUUCUCGAUCGAAAGAAAGUGCAGUGUCAGCCAUGUUUGAAGGAGAACGUGUUUCACAUUUAAUUGGACGACGUCUCGGAGGAUCUACAAAUCGAACUACUUCAACCAAAGAUGACCAAUAUGUUUUGGAGAAGCUGUUCGCUAAAGCAACUGUGACGUCAGCUUUUCAACACGAAUCAGUAUUAUCGAAUUCAGCGUAUAGUUCAGGCGACAAAACUCCGAUGCAACGAUUAGCUCGAGAAACAGCACAAGAAAAAAUGGAUAACAUUCGCAAGUCUCGUAAAUGGUGUUGGAGACCCACAUGGGAUUCUACAUCCUCUAAAGAUAAUUAAUCGUUUUCUUACAAC